AUGUUUUACAUCAAGAUUACAGGUUCUUUGACGCAAAUUGGUCAGCGCGCUUGGCUGUCAGCCGAGAGGGUAGUGGCACAAGACCACACGGAAGCGGUCGCAGUGUCUUAUUUAAGAGUGGGGCACCGACAUGAAAAAAAACGUUUUGCAAUACCGAGUCUAGAUCAUGGAAACACCUCAAAAGAGAAAAGGCUCGCUCUUUCUACGGACAUAGAACAUCAUGUGAUCUACUGGAAAACCUCUCUGGCGCAACCAGUUGGCGCGUCUGGCUUCCAACCGAAAGGUCGGUUUAAGCAAAUUAGCCAGCGACCAGAUGCGCACACCCUUCUCACAGAUAUGAAACAUAACCUGGUGUACUGGAUAGCUUCUGUGGCGCAAUCGCGUGUUAGAAGGGGAACUGCAGAAACUUGUUCAGCUCCAGAUUCUCAUAUUUCUUAUUUAUUUAAUUACAUACUUCCUGAGAUGAGUUUUUUUAUCUGCUCCUUCCCGGGACAGACAAAAAUCGUUUCUCUUGCGAUCUACACCAGCUGGGCACACAUUUCUCACAGACACGAAAGGCAGCUUGAAGUGCUGGAUAGCUUUCGUGGCCCAGCAGUUCCCGAGAUGCGUGCUAAAUAUUUUCCGUGGCGCAAUCGGUUAGCGCGUUCAGCUGUUAACCGCAACGUUGGUGGUUCAAGCCCACCGGGGAGCUACGAAAAUGUUUUUAAUCAACUAAAUAACAUUGAGAAUAACCGAUUUCACAGAGACGAAGUAGGCCGGAAAGUACGUGGCAAAUUUCUGUAUCAGCUACAGUUUUCGAUUGUGAACAGAUGUUGGUGCUGAGA